AACCAUCCUCCAUUCCUCCUCCUAGCGGCCGGCGCGGACCUCCAUUCCUCCUCCCGGCGGCCGGCGCGGUGCUUCUCUUCUUUCUCAUCGUCCUCCUCCAUUCCUUCUCCCAGCGGCCGGUGCGGUGCUUCUCUUCUUUCUCAUCGUCCUCCUCGGCGUCACGAUGAGUUCCCUCUUCUUUCCUCACGGUGGAUUAGAAUACAAAGGAUUCUGAUGUCACCCACCUUCUUCGCCUUUGUUUGGCAUUCACUGCGCCCAUCUCUCUCCUCUCCAUAUCACUUUUCUAGUGAGCUUUCCUCUGUUCCCUUCGUUUUUUUUGCUAAUUGGGAUUUUUUUAUGAGCAUAAUGUGAUUCUGCAUCAGUGCCGGGAGAAGAAGAAUGUUUCCCAAAAGGUGAACCGAGAAGGGUUUCUAUUCCUCCUCUCUUCUUUUUUUGGCGAUCAGUGUUGCCCAUGAUAUUAAUAUAUUCUGUUCUUCUUUCCUUUUUAAUUCCCCCGUAUGCUUCGGUCUGGUAUCAUCAAAAUUAUUUCUCGAUUUCUUGUUAGGAUCAGUGCUGUUGGGCUGGGAAGCUUCUUAUUUAUGACUUCUUCGCAAAGAAAUUUUGGUCCAAGUUCAUCUACUCAAGGGAUAGAUGCUGUAAUUUAUGUGAAACUGAACAGCCGAAUUUGUUCCCUAGUUUUGAUGCAUAAUCAGGAGCUAGGCCUAUUAGCUGGAACAUUGUUUGGAACUAGACCUAUUAGUUGGGUCAUCGAGCAGUGUUCGUCAGCUAUCUAUCUUCAUCUUUGUUUAGUUUAUUAUACCUUUUUUAUAGGCAAGAGCCAAUCCUGUUAACAUCAAUGGCUGUUUAGAGAUGCUUAGUGUGAGCUGAUUUCAAUGGCAGACCUGUUAACUCUCGUGCCAUGGAAUGAACAGUGCAGCUUUGUUCCUAUAACAUGGCUGUGAUCCUAUAACAUGGCAAUUCAGGUUGGUGAAUAUGCCAUUGUAUUUGUUCCUAUAACAUGCCAUUGUAUACUUUUUUCUUCACAAGCAAAUUCAGCAAAUUCUUAGUUGUUUGAAAAUAGUCAAACAAAUUAGUUCCCUUUCUUUUUUGAAAAAAACCCUGCAAAUUAUUUCUUACAUUUGCUUUUAUAAUCUUGUUUUGUUUAGUAGCCACUGCACCUAAUUGCUUGUUUGCCAUG